AUGCCUCUGUCUGAAGGGUUGCUCGCCCCGCUGACAAUGCGCGCCUGGACACGUUCGCAGCGGGGACCUGCGCGCAAAGUGCUCGAGCUAACAACCGGCCUUCCCACGCCUGGCAUACCUACUGGGUCGUCCGAAGAUGUCCUGAUCCGUGUAUCGCAUGUGGCCCUCCAGAGCAACAGUCAGAUGUUCAUGGACGUAAUACCCGGCUUACCCUUCACUGGGCCGUGGGUGCCGGAGAUCGAACUUGCUGGGGAAGUGGUCGCCGCUGGCGCGGGGGCGCCAGCAGAGUUGAGAGAUCCAGGGACCCAUGUUGUCGGUUUUACGAAAGUCCCUCGGGACUUGCUUUUGGGUCAUGGCGUGUUGGCGGAGUAUGUGCGAAUAUCCGGCAGCCAGCUCGCACGUAUCGAUCCCUCUGUGGAUUUAGCGCCCGCCUCGGGCAUUAAUGGGUGCGGCAGUACGGCCUUGAAGAUGAUCCGAGCAGUAGGUGUCCGCGAGGGACAUACGGUGCUGGUGAAUGGAGCUAGCGGGUCAGUGGGUGCGGUGCUGGUGCAGCUGUGCAAGCUGCGUGGUGCCAGGGUGGUUGGGGUGGCCAGCGGCGGCAACGAGGCACUGGUUCGAAGCUUUGGUGUGGAUGAUUUUAUUGACUACCGCGCGCAUGACUCGCUACCGGCCUAUCUAGCCCAACAGUAUGGCGACAAGCCGUUCGACUACGUGCUGGACUGCGUUGGGACGCAAGCACUUUUUGCCAACUCGCCAAUGUACCUCAAAGACACCGGGGCCCUGUCUCUGGAUACCAUUUUGCAACUUCUUACUCAAUCCAUGGCUACCCACAUUGCUGGGGGAGUGUCCCGCAAGUAUAUCAUGUUCAGUGCGCUGCCAAACAGAGAAGAUGCAAUCUAUCUGGUGCGCCUGCUUGAGGAGGACAAAAUCACCAUUCCUGUUGAUUCUAUAUUUGAUAUGGAGGAUGCCGUGCACGCUUACGAACGUAUCGUGACGAAACGUGCGCGUGGUAAAGUUGUGAUCAAAGUGCAUGGAAGUUGA